UUUUUUUUUUUUUUUUUUUUGAAGUUUAUUUAUUUUUGAGAGAGACAGAGACAGCAUGAGCACAGCAUGAGCAAGGGGCAGGGGAGGGGCAGAAAGAGAGAGAGAGAACCAAACAUUCUCUGCAUUAGCAGCACAGAGCCCAACGCAGGCUGGAACUCACUGAACUGUGAGAUCAUGAUCAGAGUCAAACCAAGAGUGGGACGCCCAACUGAGAGUGGGGUGCCCUGGUAGUAGCUACUUAGCUGUGGCUGGAGACAAUGGAUACUGGUGGAUAGCUGGCUGCGUACCACUGUGGCGUCGUGCCUAGAGAUGGGUUUGGAGUUGGAGCUCGAUAUGAAUCUUGGUUCUACAGCUAAUCAUUUCUGUGGCUUUGUAUAAGUUACUUAUCUCUGAGAUUCCUUCCUCCUUUUUGAAGCUUCAGGAGUACAGGGACCUUUCCACUCUAUGCCUAAUUCUAGGUACAGAGCAGUGAGCAAGACACACAAAAUUCCUAUCCUCACAGGGUUUACGCGUCAGCUGGAGUUUCUAUGUUUCUGGACAUCCGGGUUAAACUACACUCAAAUACUCCAAUUUCCUAUCUGGUGGAAGUCCAAAGCCCACCCAAGAGUCCCACAAGUUUCUGGAAGGGUAGCAAUGGUAGGAUCUCAACUGCUUUCCUGACUCCUGUCGCUACACCUGCUGCCUUUACAUUUACCACGUCGUCAUGGAUGCUAAAUCCAACCGUUUCUGUUUCCAGCAAAACAACUCCUCCAGACCAAGCACUUGUGAGUAGUGGUGACUUUCCUGAAGACCCUGUGAAGGGUCAUAACGCCCGCUGCAGAGCGGGUAUCUCUGUAUCCAUACCAGCCAUUUUCGCUUUCAAAAUCCUUUUUUGGCUAGUCAGUCACCUUGGGUUCUUGUCUGGAUUUUUUCCCCAUUCGGUGACCAGAAUCCCAAUUCAUGGACGCCUCUCUCCCACCAUCUGGCACAGCAGUUCAGCUGUCUUUAGUUCGCACUUCCUAAUCUUAAACAAGAUGCUCAGCAGAUCAGAAGACCUUCUUUGCAAUGAUAAAAUAAUAUAGUUUUAGCAGGAAGUUGUGACUCCUGAAUGCAAAAAAAAAAAAAAAAAAAAUCCGUAACCUAUUUAAGUUCCCGAGGAUAAAGCCAGCAAAAUGCUUUCCGGGCAGGGCCCAUGUCUCCGGGGCCCAGUGUUCUUGGAAGAUAAUUUCUGGAUUCACAAAACCGGGAUCAGCGAGCAGCAGUAUCGGAGUUCACAAUGACGCCACGGCGUAGAAAACGAUAACGCCCCACGUCCUGUAUUUCUCCAGGAUUCGGCUGUGCUUGUUUUAAGAUUAGCCAGCUGGUGUCACAGGUGGCCGCAAGCUCAGGUCCCGACCGCGCCGAAAACCUCUACGUUUUCCUGAAGUUCGUUAAUAAAGAGGGGUGGGAAAUGGGCAACACAGAGAGGGGAGGGGUAGAUGCAACAAGCGAGUUACCGCUGCACUCCACCACUCGUUCUCGGCCUCCUCGGAAAGCGACUUUUAAGGGAGCGUCCCUCCAAGCGCGGCGGCCGGCGGCUGCAGGUGCAGCGGAGGCCCCGCGGCCCAGCCCUCCGAAAUCCGGGGCGCGCGACUUCACUGAGGACCGCGUGAAUCGCUUCCAACGGCUUCCGGCUUUUGCGACCGGAAAGCUUUACCUACCUUUCCCGACGAGCAGCCGCAAGGCGCGGAAGCGACGGCGGCCUCCCAGCGCGGCGCGUGCGCGCACCCGCGCGUUAACGUCCACGGCGCGCGCGCGGCCCGCGCCGACGUCGGGUCCCGUCGCCAUAGCGACUGGCCCUGGCAACCGCGAAGCCGAGCGGGCCGGCGGCGGGCGGUGUGAGCCGAGCUGCGCCGGUCGGGUGGCGGCCCCCGGACCCCGCGUGUCCCCGCGUCUUGACCGCCGCCAUGGCGGGAGGGGCCCGGGACGUUCGGAAGGCCUUCCUCCUCACCACCACGCAGAACUACUUCGGCCUCCUGCCGGAGCCCUGCGACCAGCCGCGGGCGGACGGCUGCCCAGAGGUCAACAACUUUCUGGACGACGGCAACCAGAUGCUCCUCAGGGUGCAGCGCUCGGACGCCGGCGUCACCUUCUCCAACUCGAAUCACCUAUAAAUUCUCUCUAUCAAGCCGUGCGGCAAGUAUUUGCACCAAUGUUGUUAAAGGAUCAGGAAUGGAGCAGAGACCUUGAUCCCAAACUUCAGAAUCUUUUGAGUGAACUAGAAGCUGGGUUGGGCGUAGUUCUACGAAGAUCAGACACUAACUUAUCAAAAUUGAAAUUUAAGGAAGAUGACACACGAGGUAUUCUUACACCAAGUGAUGAGUUCCAGUUCUGGGUGGAAGAAGCUCAUCGUGGAAGUAAGCAGAUUAGCAGAGAGAGAGCCGGCUAUUUUAAGGAGCUGUUUGAAACCAUCGCAAGAGAGUUCUAUAACUUGGACAGUCUAUCCUUACUGGAAGUGGUUGACUUGGUGGAGACCACCCGGGAUGUUGUAGAUGAUGUGUGGAGACAAACAGAGCAUGAUCACUUUCCUGAGUCACGGAUGUUACAUCUCUUAGAUGUCAUAGGUACUGGUGGUUCAUUUGGAAGAUUUGUUCAGAAGAAGUUGGGAACUUUGAAUCUGUGGGAAGAUCCUUACUAUCUUGUGAAAGACCACCUCAGAGCGGGUGUGUCCAUUUGUGAACAGUGGGUGAUCACCUGUAACCACCUCACGGGUCAGGUGUGGCAGCGCUAUGUUCCUCAUCCGUGGAAAAGUGAGAAAUACUUCCCUGAAACACUCGACAGACUGGGCAAGCGCCUGGAAGAGGUCUUGGCAGUUAGAACAGUUCAUGAGAAGCUUCUUUAUUUUUUACCUGCCAGUGAAGAGAAAAUGAUAUGCCUGACUCGAGUAUUUGAACCCUUUACCGGCCUGAAUCCUGUGCAUUAUAAUCCAUAUACUGAGCCUUUAUGGAAAGCUGCAGUGUCUCAGUAUGAAAAAAUUAUUGCACCUGCGGAACAGAAAAUAGCAGGAAAAUUGAAAAUUUAUAUUUCAGAAAUUCAGGACAGCCCACAGCAGCUUCUUCAAGCGUUUCUGAAAUACAAAGAGCUGGUGAAGCGUCCAACUAUAAGUAAAGAAUUGAUGUUAGAAAGAGAAACUUUACUGGCAAGACUUGUGGACUCAAUAAAAGAUUUUCGAUUAGACUUUGAGAAUCGAUGCCGAGGAGUUCCUGGUGAGGCGUCUGGACCACUUGCUGGCAGAAACCUGUCGGAAGUUGUUAAUAAUAUAGUUUGGGUUCGCCAGUUGGAACUGAAGGUGGAUGAUACUCUCAAGAUUGCAGAGGCUCUUUUAUCUGACUUGUCAGGAUUUCGAUCUUUCCAUCGAGCUGCCGAAGAUCUGUUAGACCAGUUUAAACUGUAUGAACAAGAACAAUUUGAUGAUUGGUCCAGGGACAUUCAGUCCGGUUUGUCUGAUUCCAGAUCCGGCUUGUGCAUCGAGGCUAAUAGUCGAAUUAUGGAAUUGGAUCCUAAUGAUGGAUCAUUAAAGGUGCAUUAUUCAGAUCGGUUGGUGAUUCUCCUGAGAGAAGUUCGUCAACUUUCUGCUCUUGGCUUUGUUAUUCCUGCCAAAAUACAGCAAGUUGCAAACAUUGCACAGAAAUUCUGCAAGCAAGCAAUUAUUCUUAAACAAGUGGCACAUUUUUACAAUUCCAUCGAUCAACAAAUGAUUCAAAGUCAGAGGCCAAUGAUGUUACAAUCCGCAUUAGCAUUUGAACAGAUAAUUAAGAAUUCAAAAGCAGGAAGUGGGGGAAAGUCACAGAUUACUUGGGAUAAUCCUAAAGAAUUAGAAGCCUACAUCCAAAAGCUCCAAAAUGCUGCCCAACGACUUGCCACUGAAAAUAGAAAACUGAGAAAAUGGCACACUACAUUUUGUGAAAAGGUCGUCUUUCUCAUGAACAUUGAUCUGCUUCGGCAGCAGCAGCGUUGGAAAGAUGGAUUACAAGAACUGAGAACUGGCUUAGCAAGCGUAGAGGCCCAGGGGUUCCAGGCCGGUGACAUGCGUGCAUGGAAGCAGCACUGGAAUCACCAGCUGUACAAAGCCCUCGAACACCAGUAUCAGAUGGGCCUGGAGGCACUUAAUGAGAACCUGCCAGAAAUAAGCAUAGACCUAGUGUACAAACAGGGACGGUUACAAUUCAGGCCUCCUCUUGAAGAAAUCCGGGCUAAAUAUUACAGAGAAAUGAAGAGGUUCAUCGGCAUUCCUAAUCUGUUUAGGGGAGUGGGUGAGGCCGGAGAUGAGUCUAUUUUUUCUGUUAUGAUUGAUAGAAAUGCAAGUGGAUUUUUGACUAUUUUCAGCAAAGCAGAAGAUCUGUUUAGGAGAUUAUCAGCUGUUUUACACCAACAUAAGGAAUGGAUCGCAAUUGGACAAGUUGACAUGGAAGCUCUAGUGGAAAAACAUCUCUCUACGGUCCACGAUUGGGAGAAAAAUUUCAAAGCCCUGAAAAUAAAAGGGAAAGAAGUAGAACGCCUUCCGAGUGCGGUCAAGGUAGAUUGUUUAAAUAUUAAUUGUAACCCCGUGAAGACUGUGAUUGAUGAUCUCAUCCAGAAGUUAUUUGAUACGCUUGUUCUUUCCUUGAAGAAGUGCAUCCAGGCUCACUUACAUGAAAUUGAUGCAUUUGUAACCGAGGCUAUGGACGUCUUAACAGUUAUGCCCCAGUCUGUGGAAGAGAUUGGCGAUGCAAAUUUGCAAUAUAGUAGGCUCCAACAGCGGAAACCAGAGAUUUUGCCCUUAUUCCAAGAAGCUGAAGAUAAAAACAGACUUUUACGAACUGUGGCAGGUGGAGGUUUGGAAACAAUUAGCAAUCUGAAGGCUAAGUGGGAUAAAUUUGAGUUGAUGAUGGAAAGUCACCAACUUAUGAUUAAAGAUCAGAUCGAAGUGAUGAAAGGGAACGUUCAGUCGCGUCUUCAGAUCUAUUACCAAGAAUUGGAAAAAUUUAAAGCUCGUUGGGACCAACUAAAGCCUGGUGACGAUAUUAUUGAAACUGGCCCACAAAGUACUCUUGAUAAAAGCGCCAAGUCAAUAAAAGAGAAAAAGAUUGAAUUUGAUGAUCUUGAAGUCAUAAGGAAAAAGCUGGUUGAUGAUUGCCAUCAUUUUGGCCUAGAAGAGCCCAGCUUGUCUUUAGCAGAUAGCAUCUCCAAGGACAUUGAGAGCUGUGCACAAAUUUGGGCCCUUUAUGAAGAGUUUCAGCAGAGGCUUGAGGAAAUGGCCAAUGAAGAUUGGAUUACUUUUCGGACUAAGACAUAUCUGUUUGAAGAAUUUUUGAUGAAUUGGCAUGACAGAUUAAGAAAAGUUGAAGAACAUUCGGUUAUGACGGUGAAAUUACAAUCAGAAGUUGACAAAUACAAAACCGUAAUUCCUAUCUUGAAAUACGUGAGAGGGGAGUGUCUUUCUCCAGAUCACUGGCUUGACCUUUUUCGUCUGCUUGGCCUUCCUCGGGGGACUAGCCUGGAGAAAUUAAUGUUUGGUGACCUGCUCAGAGUAGCUGAUACAAUUGUUGCCAAAGCUUCAGAGCUUAAAGAUUUAAACAGUCGGGCACAAGGUGAAGUUACGAUCAGAGAAGCUUUACGUGAACUUGAUCUUUGGGGAGUUGGAGCGGUAUUUACAUUGAUUGAUUAUGAAGACAGCCAGAGUCGAACUAUCAAGCUGAUUAAAGACUGGAAAGACAUCGUAAAUCAAGUUGGAGAUAAUAGAUGUCUUCUUCAGUCCUUAAAGGAUUCUCCUUAUUAUAAGGGAUUUGAAGAUAAAGUGUCCAUUUGGGAAAGAAAACUUGCAGAAUUAGAUGAAUACCUGCAGAAUUUAAACCAUAUUCAGAGGAAGUGGGUGUAUUUGGAGCCCAUAUUUGGCCGUGGAGCAUUGCCGAAAGAGCAGACACGCUUCAGCAGGGUUGAUGAAGAUUUUCGAUCGAUAAUGAGUGACAUCAAGAAAGACAAUAGAGUCACAACAUUAACGACUCACGCAGGAAUCAGAAAUUCGCUGCUAACCAUACUCGAUCAACUUCAAAGAUGUCAGAAAUCAUUGAAUGAAUUUUUAGAGGAAAAACGCUCAACGUUUCCAAGGUUUUAUUUCAUCGGUGACGAUGACCUGUUGGAGAUCCUGGGCCAGUCUACUAGCCCGUCAGUGAUUCAGUCUCACCUCAGAAAGCUGUUCGCCGGUAUUAACAGCGUGUGCUUUGAUGAAGAAUCAAAACAUAUAACUGCAAUGAAAUCUUUAGAGGGAGAAGUUGUACCUUUUAAAAAUAAAGUUUUAAUUUCAGAUAAUGUAGAGACCUGGUUAAAUGGUUUAGCCAUGGAAAUGAAGCAGACCUUGAAACAGUUGUUGGCGGAAUGUGUCACUGCUGCACGCAGUCCUCCAGGUGCCGUGGACCCGUCCUUGUUCCCCUCACAGAUACUGUGUUUGGCAGAGCAGAUUAAGUUCACUGAAGAUGUGGAAAAUGCUAUCCAAGACCAUAGUCUUCAUCAGAUCGAAACCCAGCUGGUGACUAAGUUAGAGCACUAUACUAGCAUCGAUACGAGUUCGGAGGAUCCAGGGGGCACUGAGUCUGGCCUUCUGGAGCUUAAACUUAAAGCACUGAUUCUUGAUAUCAUUCAUAACAUUGAUGUGGUAAAGCAUUUAAACCAAGUUCAGGUUCAUACAACUGAAGACUGGGCCUGGAAAAAACAAGUCAGAUUUUAUAUGAAAAGUGAUCAUACUUGUUAUAUUCAAAUGGUGGAUUGUGAACUUCAGUACACUUAUGAGUACCAGGGCAAUGCUCCCAAGCUGGUCUACACGCCGCUGACGGACAAGUGCUACCUGACGCUGACGCAGGCCAUGAAGAUGGGCCUGGGCGGGAACCCGUACGGGCCGGCAGGCACGGGGAAGACCGAGUCGGUGAAGGCCCUGGGCGGACUUCUCGGGAGACAAGUUUUAGUUUUUAAUUGUGAUGAGGGCAUCGAUGUGAAGUCAAUGGGACGGAUUUUUGUUGGUUUGGUGAAGUGUGGGGCCUGGGGUUGUUUUGAUGAGUUCAAUAGACUGGAGGAGUCUGUGCUGUCGGCAGUGUCCAUGCAAAUCCAGACCAUCCAGGAUGCCCUGAAGAACCACAGAACCGUGUGCGAGCUGCUUGGCAAGGAGGUGGAAAUCAAUUCAAAUUCUGGGAUUUUUAUCACCAUGAAUCCUGCUGGAAAAGGUUACGGAGGAAGACAGAAGCUGCCUGAUAAUCUUAAACAGCUUUUCAGGCCGGUUGCCAUGUCCUGCCCAGACAACGAGCUUAUCGCUGAGGUCAUUCUCUAUUCGGAGGGCUUCAAAGAGGCCAAAGUCCUGGGCAGAAAACUGGUAGCUAUCUUCAACCUAUCCAGGGAACUUUUGACGCCUCAGCAGCAUUACGACUGGGGUCUGAGAGCCUUGAAGACGGUUCUUCGAGGAAGCGGAGGCCUUCUUAGACAGCUGCAGAGAGCUGGCGGGAAACACAAAGUUGAUGAAAGUCAUAUUGUGGUACAAGCAUUGAGGCUUAAUACAAUGUCAAAGUUUACAUUUGCCGAUUGCGCACGGUUUGAUGCACUGAUUAAAGAUGUAUUUCCUGGGAUCGACUUUAAAGAAGUAGAAUAUGAUGAGCUCAGGUCUGCGUUACAGCAUGUCUUCGAGGAAGCCAAUUAUGAAAUCAUACCAAAUCAGAUCAAGAAGGCUUUAGAAUUGUAUGAGCAGUUACGCCAGAGGAUGGGAGUGGUCAUUGUUGGUCCAAGUGGUGCUGGAAAGUCAACCCUCUGGAGGAUGUUAAGGGCAGCACUUUGUAGAAUUGGCAGAGUGGUGAAACAGUACACCAUGAACCCCAAAGCCAUGCCUAGACAUCAGCUGUUAGGCCACAUUGACAUGGACACACGGGAAUGGUCGGACGGCGUUUUGACAAACAGCGCUCGCCAAGUCGUUCGGGAACCUCAAGAUGUCAGCUCAUGGAUAAUAUGUGACGGCGAUAUUGACCCUGAAUGGAUAGAAUCUCUGAAUUCUGUUCUGGAUGACAAUCGACUACUCACUAUGCCCAGUGGAGAAAGGAUUCAGUUCGGCCCAAAUGUUAACUUUGUCUUCGAAACUCAUGAUUUAAGUUGUGCCUCGCCAGCCACAAUAUCUAGAAUGGGCAUGAUCUUUCUUAGCGAUGAAGAGACAGACGUUAAUUCUCUGAUAAAAUCUUGGUUGAAGAAUCAGCCUCCUAGUUAUAGGAAUAAUCUUGAGAGCUGGAUUGGAGAUUACUUUGAAAAGGCUUUACAGUGGGUUCUGAAGCAGAAUGACUAUGUGGUUGAAACCAGUUUGGUUGGGACUGUGAUGAAUGGUUUGUCACAUCUUCGUGGAUGCAAAAAUCAUGAGCAGUUUGUUAUUAGUCUCAUACGGGGGCUUGGUGGAAACCUGAACAUGAAAUCCCGCCUGGAGUUCACCAAAGAGGUUUUUACUUGGGCACGAGAGUCUCCUCCAGACCCUCACAAACCAAUGGAUACCUACUAUGACUCAGGUCGGGGGCGACUAGCGUCUUAUGUGCUGAAGAAGCCGGAAAACUUGACCGCCGAUGAUUUCAGCAACAGCCAAACUCUCCCCGUCAUUCAGAUUCCUGACAUGCAGCGAGGCCUGGAUUAUUUCAAACCCUGGUUAAGUUCUGAUACUAAACAGCCAUUUAUUCUUGUAGGACCAGAAGGAUGUGGCAAAGGGAUGCUGCUGAGACAUGCCUUUUCCCAGCUCCGGUCCACUCAGAUCAGCACGGUUCACUGUAGCGCGCAGACCACGCCUCGACACCUCCUGCAGAAGCUGAGCCAGACUUGCCUGGUGAUCAGUACCAACACUGGUCGAGUGUACAGACCGAAAGACUGCGAAAGACUUGUUUUGUACUUGAAAGAUCUCAACCUGCCCAAGCUGGAUAAGUGGGGGACCAGUACUUUGGUUGCUUUCCUACAACAGGUAUUGACAUAUCAAGGAUUUUAUGAUGAAAAUUUGGAAUGGGUUGGUUUAGAAAAUAUUCACAUUGUGGCUUCCAUGUCAGCUGGAGGAAGACUGGGAAGACAUAAGCUUACCACCCGAUUUACUUCUAUUGUCCGUCUCUGUGCUGUGGAUUACCCAGAAAGAGAGCAAUUACAGACAAUCUAUGGAGCAUAUUUGGAACCAGUUCUAUAUAAAAAUCUGAAGAAUCAUCCUAUUUGGGGUUCUUCAUCAAAAAUCUAUCUCUUAGCAGGGUCUAUGGUACAAGUGUAUGAACAGGUACGGGCCAGAUUUACAGUUGAUGAUUAUAGUCACUAUUUGUUUACUCCGUGCAUCCUUACCCAGUGGGUUCUUGGCUUAUUCAGAUACGAUUUAGAAGGAGGGUCCUCAAACCAUCCACUAGAUUAUGUGUUAGAAAUCGUAGCGUAUGAAGCACGGCGCUUAUUUCGUGACAAAAUUGUUGGUGCAAAGGAACUUCAUUUAUUUGACAGCAUUUUAACAUCAGUGUUUCAAGGAGAUUGGGGCUCAGAUAUAUUAGAUAAUAUGGCAGACAGUUUCUAUGUUACGUGGGGAGCCCGACACAGUUCAGGAGCAAGGCCAGCCCCUGGGCAGCCCCUGCCUCCACACGGAAAACCGCUUGGGAAACUGAGCUCUGCAGAUCUCAAGGAUGUUAUUACGAAGGGCCUUAUUCAUUAUGGACGAGAUAACCAGAUGUUAGAUAUGUUACUUUUCCAAGAAGUCCUGGAGUAUGUGUCCAGGACAGACAGAGUGCUGAGCUGCCCCGGGGGCUCCCUGCUGCUGGCGGGACGCAGCGGGGUAGGCCGCCGCACCGUCACGUCCUUAGUGAGCCACAUGCACGGGGCCAUGCUGUUUUCUCCGAAGAUCUCCAGAGGGUAUGAACUGAAGCAGUUCAAAAAUGAUAUCAAACAUGUGCUGUAUCUUGCCGGUGUGGAAGCUCAGCAGGUGGUUUUACUUCUUGAGGACUACCAGUUAGUCCAUCCCACCUUUCUGGAGAUGAUCAACAGCCUCUUGUCUUCAGGUGAAGUUCCUGGACUUUAUACCCUUGAAGAAUUAGAGCCUUUGCUGUUGCCUCUGAAAGAUCAGGCUUCACAGGAUGGUUUUUUUGGACCAGUCUUCAAUUACUUCACAUACAGAAUUCAGCAAAACUUGCAUAUUGUCUUGAUAAUGGAUUGUACGAAUUUAAACUUCAUAAUAAACUGUGAGAGUAACCCAGCCUUGCAUAAAAAAUGCCAGGUGUUGUGGAUGGAGGGCUGGUCAGACAGCAGUAUGAGGAAAAUACCUGAAAUGUUAUUCAGUGAAACAGAUGGUGAAGAAAAAUAUAGUGACAAAAAAAGGAAAGAGGAAAAGAAAAAACACUCAGUUGAUCCCGAUUUUCUAAAAUCAUUUUUAUUAAUCCAUGAAUCUUGUAAAGCAUAUGGUGCUACACCAAGCCGAUACAUGACCUUCUUACGUGUGUAUUCUGCCAUUAGUAGCAGCAAGCAAAAGGAAUUAUUAAAAAGACAAAGUCAUUUGCAGGCUGGUGUGUCUAAACUGAAUGAAGCUAAAGCUCUUGUGGAUGAGCUGAACAGAAAAGCUGGCGAGCAAAGUGUGUUAUUAAAGACGAAGCAAGACGAAGCAGACGCCGCCCUUCAGGAGAUCACGGUGUCGAUGCAGGAUGCUAGUGAGCAAAAGACAGAACUUGAAAGACUGAAGCACAAGAUAGCAGAAGAAGUUGUUAAAAUUGAAGAAAGAAAAAACAAAAUUGACGAUGAGUUAAAAGAAGUACAGCCUCUAGUCAAUGAAGCUAAACUAGCAGUUGGAAACAUCAAGCCAGAAUCUCUUUCAGAAAUUCGCUCACUGCGCAUGCCACCUGACAUCAUCAGAGACAUUCUUGAGGGUGUUUUAAGGCUGAUGGGGAUCUUUGAUACAUCUUGGGUGAGCAUGAAAAGUUUCCUUGCGAAAAGAGGUGUGAGAGACGACAUAGCAACCUUUGACGCACGAAAUAUUCCAAAGGAGAUAAGACACAGUGUUGAAGAACUUCUUUAUAAAAAUAAAGGAUCUUUUGAUUCAAAGAACGCGAAGCGAGCCAGUACUGCGGCGGCUCCUUUGGCCGCGUGGGUUAAAGCGAACAUCCAGUAUUCCCACGUCUUGGAACGGAUCCAGCCUUUGGAAACUGAACAGGCAGCAUUAGAAUCAAAUUUGAAGAAAACUGAAGACCGAAAAAGGAAGCUAGAGGAACUUCUAAAUUCUGUCGGCCAGAAAGUAUCAGAGCUCAAAGAGAAAUUUCAGAGCAGGACUUCAGAAGCCGCCAAGCUGGAAGCUGAAGUGAGCAGAGCGCAGGAAACAAUUAAAGCCGCAGAAGUGCUAAUUAAUCAGCUUGACCGAGAGCACAAAAGAUGGAACGCACAGGUUGCAGAGAUAACAGAGGAAUUAGCUACUCUUCCUAAGAGGGCUCAGCUGGCUGCCGCCUUCAUUACCUAUCUUUCUGCUGCUCCUGAGGGUCUGAGAAAAACCUGCUUGGAAGAAUGGACCAAGUCAGCUUGUCUUGAAAAAUUUGAUCUAAGGAGAUUUCUUUGUACUGAAAGUGAGCAGUUAAUUUGGAAAAGUGAAGGCCUACCAUCAGAUGACCUUUCCAUAGAAAACGCUCUUGUUAUCUUACAGAUCAUUGGUUUGAAAUCAUGGAGUCGAGUAUGCCCAUUCCUUAUAGACCCUUCUUCUCGAGCUACAGAGUGGUUGAAGACACAUUUGAAAGACUCAAGAUUGGAAGUUAUUAACCAGCAGGAUAGUAACUUUAUCACAGCUCUCGAGCUGGCAGUGCGGUUUGGGAAAACCCUUAUUAUACAGGAGAUGGACGGUGUAGAAGCUGUUCUCUAUCCGUUAUUGAGACGAGAUCUGGUCGCUCAAGGGCCACGUUACGUGGUACAAAUAGGUGACAAAAUUAUCGACUACAAUGAAGAAUUCCGCCUUUUCUUGUCAACAAGAAACCCCAACCCCUUCAUCCCGCCGGACGCAGCCGCCAUCGUUACGGAGGUUAACUUCACCACCACGAGAAGUGGAUUGCGAGGCCAGUGUGUGACGAUUCUCCUUUCUCCCCAUCUGGCCAACAUCUGUCUUAUUAAUUGUAGCCAUCCUAGUGGACCUGAAAUGCUUUUGGCUUUAACUAUUCAGCAUGAGAAACCUGACCUAGAGGAACAGAAAACAAAACUGUUACAACAGGAAGAAGAUAAGAAAAUACAGUUAGCCAAGCUUGAGGAAUCUCUUUUAGAGACACUUGCCACAUCUCAAGGCAAUAUUUUGGAAAAUAAAGAUUUAAUUGAAUCUCUGAAUCAGACGAAAGCAAGCAGUGCACUUACUCAAGAGUCACUUAAAGAAUCUUACAGACUCCAGAUUUCUCUUGACCAAGAGCGGGAUGCGUACCUUCCCCUGGCUGAGAGCGCCAGCAAGAUGUUCUUCAUCAUCUCCGACUUGGCCAAAAUUAACAACAUGUACCGUUUCAGUUUGGCUGCAUUUCUCCGACUAUUCCAGCGGGCUCUGCACAACAAACAGUUUUCAAAUUGUAAUCUACAGGAUUCCGAAAGUACAGAACGGAGAAUCCAGUCUCUUAUCAGCUCAUUAAAACAUAUGGUCUAUGAAUAUAUAUGCCGUUGUCUGUUUAAGGCUGACCAGUUGAUGUUCGCGCUGCACUUCGUUCGGGGCAUGCAUCCGGAACUUUUUCAAGAAAAUGAAUGGGAUACGUUUACAGGUGUGGUUGUUGGAGACAUGUUGCGAAAAGCUGACUCUCAGCAGCGAAUCCGCGAGCAGCUCCCGUCGUGGAUAGACCAGGAGAGGAGCUGGGCCGUAGCAACACUAAAGAUUGCUCUCCCUAGUCUUUAUCAGACCCUCUGCUUUGACGAUGAAGCGCUGUGGCGUACUUACUAUCACACUUCAAUGUGUGAGCAAGAGUUUCCGUCUAUUCUUGCAAAGAAAGUUUCCUUAUUUCAGCAGGUUCUCGUGGUGCAGGCGCUCAGACCAGACAGACUGCAAAGUGCCAUGGGCAUGUUUGCCUGCAAAGCUCUGGGACUGAAAGAGCUGUCCCCGCUCCCUCUAAACCUCAAACGCCUCUACAAAGAGACACUGGAGAUUGAGCCCGUCUUGAUAAUCAUCUCCCCGGGUGCAGAUCCUUCCCAGGAGCUACAGGAGCUGGCUAAUGCUGAGCGCGGAGGAGAGUGCUACCACCAGGUUGCUAUGGGUCAGGGUCAAGCCGAUUUAGCGAUUCAGAUGCUGAAGGAAUGUGCCCGCAGUGGGGACUGGCUGUGUUUGAAGAACCUACAUCUUGUGGUGUCUUGGCUGCCAGUUCUGGAAAAGGAAUUAAAUACUCUUCAACCUAAAGAUACCUUUCGUCUGUGGCUGACUGCAGAAGUUCAUCCCCACUUUACUCCUAUUUUAUUACAGUCAAGUUUAAAGAUCACAUACGAGUCACCUCCAGGUUUGAAGAAGAAUUUAAUGCGCACUUACGAAUCUUGGACUGCUGAGCAAAUCAGCAAAAAAGACAGCAUCCAUCGAGCUCACGCUCUCUUUAGUUUUGCGUGGUUUCAUGCUGCAUGUCAGGAAAGACGAAAUUACAUUCCACAGGGUUGGACCAAGUUUUAUGAGUUUUCUUUAUCAGAUCUUCGGGCUGGAUACAGCAUUAUUGACAGGCUCUUUGAUGGUACCAAAGAUGUUCAGUGGGAAUUUUUACACGGUUUACUUGAAAAUGCUAUUUAUGGCGGACGCAUAGAUAACUAUUUUGACCUUAGAGUUCUUCAGUCAUACCUGAAACAGUUUUUUAAUUCUUCAAUAAUUGAUGUUUCAAACCAAAGGAACAAGAAAAGUGUUUUUCCAUAUUCCAUAUCUCUCCCCAAAUCCUGCAGCAUUCUGGACUACCGUGCUCUCAUCGAAAAGCUUCCGGAGGACGACAAGCCUAGUUUCUUCGGUCUUCCUGCCAACAUUGCUCGCUCGGCCCAGCGCAUGAUCAGUUCUCAGGUUAUUUCACAGUUGAGGAUCUUGGGCAGAUCGGUAACAGCUGGUUGCAAAUUUGAUAGAGAACUCUGGUCUAACGAACUGUCCCCUGUCCUCAAUCUCUGGAAGAAACUAAACCAGAACUCCAACCUGAUUCAUCAGAAGGUGUGUCCUCCUAACGAUCGACAAGCGUCUCCAGUACUGUCCUUCAUCGUCCUGGAACAGUUCAAUGCCAUUCGCUUAGUGCAGACCGUCCACCAGUCUCUUGCUGCUCUCAGCAAAGUCAUCAGAGGGACCACCUUACUGAGUUCAGAAGUACAGAAACUGGCCAGCGCUUUACUAAACCAAAAGUGUCCUGUGGCAUGGCAGAGCAGGUGGGAAGGCCCAGAAGACCCCUUACAGUACCUGAGAGGCCUCGUGGCUCGUGCCCUUGCGAUACAGAGCUGGGUAGAGAGAGCCGAGAAACAGGCUCUUCUCUCUGAUACACUUGACCUGUCAGAACUGUUCCACCCAGACACGUUUCUCAACGCUCUUCGCCAGGAAACUGCACGGGCGAUGGGCUGUUCUGUAGAUAGCCUGAAAUUUGUAGCUUCGUGGAAAGGCCGACUGCAAGAAGCAAAGCUGCAGAUUAAGAUGGGCGGCUUGCUGCUGGAAGGCUGCAGCUUUGACGGGAGCCGGCUCGCUGAGAACCAGCACGACUCUCCCAGCGUGUCGCCCGUCCUCCCUUGCUGUGUGGGCUGGAUCCCCCAGGGUGCAUACGGUCCCUAUUCCCCUGAUGAGUGCAUAUCUUUGCCUGUUUACACGAGUGCUGAGAGGGAUCGUGUGGUGACCAACAUUGACGUUCCGUGUGGGGGCAGCCCGGACCGGUGGAUUCAGUGUGGAGCUGCUUUGUUUCUAAAAAAUCAGUAGAGUCAAACGACAGUAAAAGCUGUAUUAGCAAAAAAAGAAACAUUUGCUACUUUAAACUUUGAAUAAAUAUGUGGCCAGUCUGCAUUUAAAAUGUUCAAAAAAUUAUCACAUAGCUAAGUACCUUAUGUUACUGAUCUCCUUGGGUUGUGUAGUGGGUCAUGACAGACCACGCAACUUUCAAGCAGUAGUUUAAUGGAGUUAAUGUUAAAUGGAGUAUUCCCUUCAUAACAUUAAAUAUGUUUGUGAAGCAGUUCAGGUUUCCAGGGGCUCAAAAAUUUAUGUACAUAAGAGGUUGAAAAUGGUGUAGUUAAGGAAUCAGUAAUUAAUUCUUUGGCUGUUUUUUGUAUCCUAAUUUGUGUUAAUAAAAUAGAAGACCAGUUUUUCAUUUAAACACUUAAAAAUACAUCCUAUUGUAGUUAAAAUACACAGCAUCUCGGAGUAAUCCAGAAGAAAUGGGGCACGACGGCACAGAGGGCAGGAGGAAAAUUUUAUAAAUGGACUAAACAAUGAGAAGUUACAAUUUCUCACGUAUGUGGCCGUUUACCAGCUGUUUCUAUGAAACAGGAAAAUUCUACAAUGUCUGGAAGCUUAAAUAAAUAUAUUUUAUGGUGUAAUCUUUGAGUUUCUGAGUGAUUUGAAUUGAAUUCAGAAAUGUUAACUACUUUUAAUUCUAUCACCAUGUGUAUGGUCAGAUCAGGAGAACAGCCCCAGGAUGUCAACAGUGAGCUCACUCUAAAGGACGAAGGGAGACGAGGACUGUGAAGGUGGAAGCGCCACGGCUGUGGCUGGGCUGCAGGGAGCCACCGGGCAGAGCCAAGCCCACGCAGCGGCGGGGCCUCCCAGAGCCUGGCUCCCACCUGCUGGAGGAGGUCUGCCCGCCUGGUGGGGGGGGUGUCAUCCAGGGGUUCCGGUUUCCUGUGACUGCUGCAGCAGGGACCCUUUGGGCGAGCCCCCCUGGCGCCCCUAGAAGCACCCUCUCUAACAGAGAAGCAGGACGAGCCUUCCCACUCCUCCAUGGCGUUGGAGAUCCCAGCCAGCACAACACAGAGGUGAAGGGGCAAAGGCACCCGGAGGAAAGUGCGUUUGGCGAGAAGACGGUGGGCCGCAAGCACCUCCUGCCACCAGCCCUGCAAACACAUGCACACAGAAAUCAGUUUCAAGAGCAGAAACUGAACCUGCCUUAACGUGUUUCCAACCAAAUGUCGUUCAGAGGUUUGAUUUUUCUGAGGCUUUCUACUGUCCUUCCAGAAACAGGUGUGGGGAUGGAAAUGAGAAAAUGCAACAGACAGACCCCUGCAGUCACCCCCGAUGGCUUCUCCCAUUUGACCUGCAUGAGCCUCAUUCAGUGUGGUCGGCAUGACGUGUGGGCUCUGUGUUUCCCAUCCUCCUCCUCGGGAAAGUGUGCCCACAGACGAGUCCUGGGAGGAAGGCUGCGCGAGGCCCUGGGGACACGGCCCUGGGGACGCAGAGCCACAGUCCGAAGCACCUGAAACCCAGAAGAUCAGCCCUUGGGCUCCUCGUCAUGUCGGCAUCGGGGAGCAGGAAGUGCACGGCCCAUGCCCUGGUUUCUGCCACUUGCUUACGUCCGAACUCAAAACACGUUUAUUCAGUCAAUGGUUAUAGCUGCUUCCAGACACCUUAACCGUCAGAUCUGUCUCCGGAUUGUUUUAGAUCGUGCCCCCAAAUCAAAACCAUCCUCAGAGACUGUUGUCCAUCGCUAGAGACAGCUGAACACUCUCCAGAAUUCCCAAGGACAUCACAGAGAUUCCUUCCAAAACAUCUGAGUCACUUAGGGCAGCAUCAUUGUCCCCGUGUGAUUGCUGUGAAAACACAACUCCUUUCCCUGUAGCCCUCAAAUAAAAAAACUUUGGAAAUUAAAAGGA